AGUGAAAGGAGAAGGUGGGAUCCGUAAUCUUAUCGGAAGAAUUCGACCAAGUCGUUGAGCUUGAUUUCUGAAAUUAUCCGACUUUCACCUUUAAUUUCAAGUUCCCAUCUGAAUUUCUGGAAUUAUCCCUUUGAACAAGGAAGAAGUAGAGUUCCAAUGGGAAGCCUAAUUCGCAAUAUCCCGACCCUAAUCUUCAUCCGUAAAUUUGCAAAGAUUGAGUUGCCAACCAGCCGCCGCCAUUGGAGAAAUGGCGUUAGGUUUUCCAAACUCCGUACAAUUUUUUCUUACUCGGCGAGCAGCGGCAGCGGCAGCGGCAGCGGCAGCGGUGAAGAUUCCGUUCAAGAACUCACGGUUCCUACCCAUUGGUUACAGCCUUCCAGAGCAUCACAGGAGUCAGAAUGGCUUAGAGUGACACUUCAUAAAUGGUUGGACGACGAGUAUUGCCCCGAGCCCACUAAUAUAGAAAUAAGCAAAAUUGCUGCCGACUCUUUCUACAAAUCACUGAUGGAAAAGAGAGCUGAUUUGGGAGAUAUUUUAAUAAAAAUGGCGGUAGAAUUGGAAUCAAUAUCCUACCAAGAAAGCUUUCAUGGAGCAUUCUCCUCAGCAAAUGCCGCUGUGACUCUUAUUACUCAACGGAUAUUGCUCGAGUAAUUAAUUGCUCAACACAACCUGCAGUUGUUUUCGUCAUUUUCUUUUUCUUGUAUAUUAUCAAAUGUGACGGUAUAAUUUUGUCAGGAAGGUAAUGAAUUUCAGAAACGAGUGCAUGAUGUUUACUUCUGUUUAUAUGUGUGC